CCCGGUUAGUACCCUGGAAGCUGUAGCCUGUCCUAGCUGCGAUUUUGGGGCCACCUUCAAGGGCAGUCCUGCAAACAAUGCACCGCAGUAGUCUACCCCAGGGCCUGACUCCCGCUCACACCCCUCACUUGCACAAAAGGGUCCUGUGUGGUGGUCUUUGCCUGAGCGGCCUUCAGAUCAAAAGCUAGCCAUCAAAUCAAAGGUGGCGUUAAACGUGCGAUUGCACUUAAGGAGUCUAGGUCACAACAACAGUGGGAGAAGCAGGGUGAGGAAUGCCAUACUCAGGGAGGAAAGGCACCUUAUUAAUCCCAUUUCUAGCCCACCUUUUUUCCUCCAAGGAGCUCCAGGUGUGGUGCGCAGGGUUCUCCCCCUCCUCAUUUAAUUUACCCCACAACAACCCUGUGAGGUAGGUUAAGCGGAGAAGCAGUGACCGGCCCCCAAAGUCACACCCAGGGCUGAGUGGGGAUUUGAACCCGCGUCUGCCAGGUUCUAGUAGGUCAGCGCUCUAACCACUACGUAUCACUGCCUCAGCCCCACUCAAGACGCCGGGCUCCCUCCCCCAGCAGCUGCAGAGAGCAGCCUCGCCUUGCUGUUUGCAGGACCUUGGUGCGCCCUUCGUGCAAAGCCUGGGCGCGUUCCCACGUGCAAAGCCUGCCUUAGGGAGGAGCAGCCGCGCCCCCUCCCCAACGAACAGCUUCGGGGCGGAUCGCUCGUUCUGUGUCUGUGUGUGUCCCCCCCACCCACACCAGCCACGUGAUGGAGCAGCAGCCCAACAUGGCGCAGUCCUCCUAGGCCGCUCCAUCCCAGCCCGGCGGGGAGGCCAUCUGGCCUUGCACAUCAUCCCGGAGACCGGCAGGUAAGUGAGGCGGGGGUAGGGGUGGAGGGGGCGCACCAGAGUCCCUCCCCCCCGUGCAAAACCCCACGCCUUGCACGGGUCCCCAAAGUGCCUUUCCCGCCCCUACCCCCCAGGUCCGCUGCUGGGAUGGAGCCACGUGCCGGGUGGGGUGGGUGGGGGUCGCCUUCUUGUGCCCUCCCCCGCCAGAGAAGGACCCGAGAGCCAGGGACAAGCUGCCCCGCCCCGUCGAGGAGAAGCAGGAGCCUUGCAUCCAGGCGGCAAGGCGAGGAUGGAGGACGUUGUGGUCCAUCCAGAUGCGGCUCCCAUCACCAACAUCCUUGCGCCCUGGUUGGGGCUGUAGGUGUAGGGCAUUGGAGGCCAGCAGCACAUUUGGGGGGGCGGGGUCUUUCCCCACCAUUUCUGCUCUGCUGUUCAGAAGGUGGGAGGGAUCUGCCAGGGUUCCACCGACUCUGCAAACCUUGUGGGGUGCUGGACUGGUGGGGGAGAGUGGGCUUCUCAGGGGCGAGGGGAGGAAAUUGGGGCACCUCACUGAACUCACCCCAUGUGCUUCUCCACCAGAUUAUAGUCCUAGCAGUUUAGGGUAGAUCUCUUGGAAGAGCCAGAUAUAGAACAUUGCGAAAUAUCUCAUGAACCGGUGACCAAGAUCAAAAUAGUUAAUCUCUGUUGAAUAUAUCUGUUUAGCAGAGAUAAGCAGAACAAUGCAAAUUUUUAUUAUGAUUGCUACUAUUGUACUGCAUUUGCUCAAAGAAGCUAAAGGUGGCAUGCAUGAUUCUCCUCCCCCCCCCAUCCUAUCCUCACAACAACCCUUUGAGGUAGGUUGGGAUGAGAGAGGCAGUGACUGGCCCCAAGGUCACCCAGUGAGUUUGAUGGCUCACAGAGAUUUGAUCCUGGACUCCCAGGUCCUAGUGCCGUGGGUAGCAAACUAAGGCCUGGGGGUUGGAUCUGGCCCAAUCGUCUUCUAAAUCCGGCCCGCGGACGGUUCAGGAAUCAGCAUGUUUUUACAUGAGUAGAAUGUGUCCUUUUAUUUUAAAAUGCAUCUCUGGGUUAUUUGUGGGGCCUGCCUGGUGUUUUUACAUUAGAAUAUGUGAUUUUAUUUAAAAUGCAUCUCUGGGUUAUUUGUGGGGCAUAGGAAUUCGUUCAUUCCCCCCCAAAAAAUAUAGUCCGGCCCCCCACAAGGUCUGAGGGACAGUGGACCAGCCCCCUGCUGAAAAAGUUUACUGACCCCUGUGACAAUCUAACUUCUACAACUACCAGUGUUCAAUAUCCUUAUCCAAGAUCUUUUGAACAAGUAGAACAAUUUAUUUAUUUCAUAAAAUGUAUACACCACUUGAUUGUUUUUUUAAAAAAGGCACUUCAAAGCAAUUUACAAAAAGAAUAAAACAAUAAAAUAAGAAAGUAAGAAAAAAAGUAAUGUAAGAAAUUCAAAGAGUUAAAACAACAAUAUACGAAAACAAGAUGUAACAACUCUCUAAACAAUGCAAAAUGUGCUAUGAAACAAUGACCGAUCUCAAUAACCCAGCCAGUAAGUUGGAAGGGGGUUGUAAGUCAGUGGGCAGUGCCCGUGCAUGGCAUGUAGAAGGCAUCAGGUUGAAUCCCCACCAGCAUCUCCAGGUGGGGCUAGAAAUGUCUGAAGCCCUGAUAAGCCGCUGCCUGCCAGUGUUGACCAGCCUCUUCCAGCAUGGUGCCAUCUAGAUGUGCUCAGUUGGGCUGAACAUCUGGAGGGGGAGUUGUAGCCCAAAACAUCUGGAAGGGGCACCAGGUUGGGCAAGGCUUGGAGGAAAAACCAGAUAUCUGCAGAUGUGGAGAUGAUGAUGAUAGUAUUUAUAUGCCACCCAUCUGACUGGGUUGCCCCAGCCACUUGGGGCAGCUUCCAACAAAAUAUUAGAAACAUCAACCAUUAAAACUUUCCCUGAACAGGGCUGCCUUCAAGUGUCAAAUAGUUGUUUAUCUGUUGGACACCUGUUCGGAAGGGUGGGAAAUUGAUGCCUUUGCAUGAGAGAGGGAGAAGGGAGCUCCUUUCCCUUCUGCUCUGACUCCUUUCCCUCCUCCUUUCCCUCAGCAAAAUUCACCCGCCAUGGUGAAGAUCUUUGUGGGGGGCCUGUCUCCCGUGGUGACGGCCGAGGAGCUGAGGAAGCUCUUUGAGCAGUACGGGCAGGUGAACGAGUGCGACAUCCUCAAGAACUUUGCCUUUGUGCACAUGGAGAAGGAGGACGAGGCCCACCAGGCCAUCAGCGCCCUUCACAAGAGCGAGUUCUACGGGGCCCACCUGACGGUGGAAUACGCCACCUCCAAGAUCCGAAACGCCACCAAGAUCUACGUGGGGAACGUCUCCGCCAAGGCCACCACCUCCCAGAUCCGCCAGCUCUUCGAGAGGUUCGGCAAAGUGGUGGAGUGCGACAUCGUCAAGAACUACGCCUUCGUCCACAUGGCCAAGGAGAGGGAGGCCAUGGACGCCAUCUUGAACCUCAACGACACCCCUCUGGAGGACCAGAAAAUCUUCGUCACCCUUUCCAAGAGCAACAGCUCCUUGCGGGCUGCCAAGGGGGCGGCAGCAGCAGCAGCAGCAGCAGCGGUGCCCACCCCGCCUCCCCCGUCCCCAAGCUACUACUUCUCCAGGGGGCGGCUGCCACCCCCGCCCCCGGCUUACACCCCCUACUGCCCCCGGGCCUGGUACGACAGGGAGUACUGCGACCGCUACUCGUACGAGCUCUACGACCGGGCCCGGGCCGCCUACGACCGGGCCUUGCCUCCUCCCCCUGCCGCCUAUAGGGAAAGGAGCCCCGUGGGCAGGCGGACAGCUGCCUCCACCGCCGUUGUGGCCCAGUACGCAGACCCCUACGCGGCCGCCGCUGCUGCGGCUGCUGCCGCUGCCGCCACCGCCGCUGCCAACCAGACCUACAACCCGGCCUACAGCCAGCCAGGGUACGCAGCCGCUGCUGCAGCUGCCGCCACAUACUCCCAGUACAGCAUAGGAACCGCCUACAACGUGGCGGAGUACUACGAGAGGUACGCCAGCGCAUACGCCGCCCAGUAUGCGCAGACCUUCUGAGCACAGUGUGCCUUUUCCGGCAGUAAGUGUCUGGAGGUCCUUGGUUGCUUGGCGUGGGGGGUGGCGGCGGGAUGGGAGGGAGCAGGGGGCCAUGGGCAGGAGAAGGGAUUGCCUCAGAAACACCCCACCUGGGCUUCAGCUCUACAGUGCUGGGGAAACCCAGCCAGAUGGGCGGGGUAUAAAUAAUAUGUUUAUAUUAUUAUUACAGUGUGUUCCCCUGCAUGUGGGCAUUUGAUUUCUGCACCCUGCCUUCUCCCGGUAAUCGAGGGUAUGCAGGGACACUUUCUAGCCAGGAAUGAAAGAAUUUGCGGAGGGUUCAAUGAGGGGCAGGGCCUGGGGAAUAUAUGUGGAGGGCCAGAUCAAGGCCUGGGGGGCCACAGUUGACACGAGCACAGUAUUGUCUGUCCUGGCCGGCAGCUGCUGUUUAAGGCAGGCUUCGCCAAGCUGUUGCCCUCCAGAUGUUAGAGGGAAGGGAAAGCUUGGGAGGUUGUGGGAUCAGCCCAGCAAGGUGGGCUCUCAGCUAGCUGGCAGGCUGGUUGGCCGGCUGGUGUGUGUGUGUGUGCACGGGGUCCGAGAUUGUGCCCACCCCCCAUGUCUCUUUGUUUGCCUGUGUAAAAUACAGUACAUAGGAUGCAAACCUCUGUGUAUAUACGAUGCACACUUAUUACGUCUGUGUAUAUACAGACACACACAUGCAUGCAUACACCUGAAUUGUGUAGAUCUCUUUGCAGGCAUCGCCACCGCAGUGUCUGUGAGGCCCUUUGCUGAUCACACGCUGACUUUUUACUCCAGCUUCCUUCCAAGGUUGGUGAUGCUGCAUUUUUUUUACCCCCUACCCUCCGUCCUUCCUGCCCUCUUGCCUUUUUCUUCCUUCACCCUCUUUCCUUUUUUUUUGAUCCGGUCGUUGCCUUUUUGUUUUUUUUAAAAAAAACCUGCUUCGAAGACCCGCCGCCUGCCUCGCCAACCCCCACCUUUCGAACCCGCCGUGAGCCGAAGACGGUUUUGCUCGUAGAAACGUGCCCGCUUUUUUGAACUCUCCUCGUGCCCGGAGCAGCGGGCCUUUGCCAACCUCCGAACUCUCUGCCAGCUAAUUCUUUGCUUGCCCCGUGGUGUUGCUGCCUGCCGAACCUCUGACCCCCGUGUCGCCCAGAUCUCUGCCGGGCUCCUGAGCCGGGGAGAGAGGUCUCCUUUUGCUUCUGCUGUAUUCCUGGGUACCGUUCUGUUCUGUUUGUUGCCUUUGUACAAUCGGUUAAUGGAGCUUGUUCCUGUCGUGGCAACUCGUUUGCUUUUUCCCCUUAUUUUUUUAAAUGUCGAUCAUUAAAUGGCUUUUACAGAACCUCUCGCGUCUCGUCGUGAAAUUACACCCACCCCAAUCCCCGCCGCCGCCCGACUUCGCCUCUGCCUUCGAUUUCCUACACCCCACUUUCUGCAUGGGGCGGGAGGGAAUUGCCCAUUCUUGCUGAUCUCUACCGCAUCCCCCCGUCCCCAAGUUUACUUCCUGCCUUCCCUCCCUCUGCUUUCCCUCAAGAGUGAUCCUCUCUUUGGGCUCUGCCUCUCUCUUUGCCGCCACUAACUCCAUCCGUCCGUCUGUCUCGACCGGAAAGUUAGGGAACCCUUGUCAAAUCCGCAGCAAAUUCUGGCUCCCGUCUGUAGGGCUGACUAACGCAGCCUGGGCUGGGCAUCUUGCGGUUUUUUAACCCUGUUUUUUCUCCCUCCAUUGACUUUCUCUUUUUGUGGACAGCUGCUUCUGGAAGGCGACCUCGGGCAGGCAGAGCUGACCCGAAGCGACUCAGCGCCACCAGCCAACCGAGAAGAAGGCGAAACCCCUGCAAGCGAACCUUCGGCCUCUUGCACUCGUAGCGUAGGCACUGGGAAGGAAUGGGGUGUUUGGGCAGGGGUGAGCGAGGGGCCUGGAAAGAGGGGGGUUGUCUGGGUUAGGGUUCUACCGUAAGAUGCUUUCCCCUCGCCUUCCUCCCCCCAGGCGGAAAGACCACUCAAGAGGAGGGUACGGGCGUGAUCUGCCCCUGGGCUGGGGUGCCCGGUCUGGUUCUUUCUGCGGAGAGACAGCUGGGGUUGUCUGGGCUAGGAGAGACAGCCAGGCUCAGACACAGCCUUCCUGUCCUUGGGUUCCCAUUUGCUCUGCCCAAAAGGGUUGGUUUUGUCUCUCUGAAAGGUAAGCAGAAGGACGGAGCCUCUGAGGUGUAAAGAAAAUAGUCCCCUUGCUGCCUGGUCCCACUCGUUUGUUUUAGACCCCUCUUUGUCCUGCUGUCAGCUGACGGAUCCCCCGACAGCAGAGCCAGAUCUGAACUCGGGACCUCAUGAUGUGGGGAAGCCUGUGAGGUAAGCAAGCUCUUUCUCCACCCCACCCCCUGGCUGGGGCUGAGGGAGGGGUGGUCCUUUGCGGAGCCAAGAGGGGGGGAGAAGCUCUUGCAGGAGAAGCCUUCAGCUCCAAACUGCCCCCUCCACUCGCUUGUACGUGACCUUUCUUCGGUGUCCUCUGGGUGUGGCUUCUGGGGACCCUCAAUCAUCAGAAGCUGAGGCAAGAGACAGAUGUCUGUGGAGCCCUUGGGGGACACCUCCAUCCCCAUCUCCUCACAAAGCAAUACAGUCGUCUCUCGGAAGUCGAACAGAAUCCAUUCCGGGAGGUCCAUUCAACUUCCAAAAAGUUCAGAAACCAAAUCACAGCUUCUGAUUGGCUGCCGGAAGCUCCUGCAGCCAAUCGGAAGCCCCGCCGGACAUUCGGGUUCCCAAAGAAUGUAGGCAAACCGGAACAACCACUUUCCGGGUUUGCGGCAUUCUGGAGCCAAAAUGUCCAAGUUCCAGGGCAUUCAACAACCAAGAUCUGACCGUACUUGUGCCCCCGCCCCCUGCUUUCCCUCCUCCCCGGGUUCUCCCUUAUCCUCCAAGUGGGGCCGUGAGCUUCACCCUUUGAGCUGUGGUAUGGCAAGAGGUGAGUUUGCACCUCCCUGGCUUGGCUGGGGCUUGUAGGAUGCAGAAUCACAACCCGCCAUGAUUGUGUGGGUUUCACUUCCUGGCAUGAACUCUUUUCUGUGCGACAAUAAAAGCAGGUUGGCACAAGGACCCCCAAAGAGACGGC